AGGGGCUCAUCUGUGGCCAAUAGCCAUUUGGGACGUGUACUUCUGAUGUGCGUCGAGAGAUAUUCGGGACACUGCGUGCGUCAGCAACGUAGCUGGACGGUAUCAGAUAAGCACAAAAGGCCGUAGAGGUAAUACUGACUUGUUUGCCCGGACCUGGUGGAGUUGCUAGGCAUUUUAACAUGCCUUACAGCAAGAGUUCUCCGAUUCAGGAAGAUGUCCCACCUUUCCCUCGGGCUCGUAAGAGCUCAAACGCAAGUGUAGUUUCUGAGGGCUCACCAGCUUCCCUUAGAAGACAAAGGCAAUCUAUGACCAGCUUUGAGGGAUCUUCAUCCAAUCUAAGUCUUCCACUUCUGUUCAUCAAGGAACGUCUUCAGUGGACUGUAUUCUCUGCUGAAUAUAGAGAGAGGAGGCAUCUUGACUUCCUAAAGAGUUACAGAGAUGUUCUGAUCAUUGAUCAAGUAGAAAAGGGUGCUAUCAAGAUCUUUAAGGAGGUGAUUAAGCAUUGCAAGAAGGAAAUGGAUGAAGAUGUCUGGAUAGGAAUCAAAAAGAGUCUGGAGGGCUUGAGUCUGUUUGUGGAGCUGCCAGAGGGCACUCCAUUUGGUCACUACUGGUUUCUGGUGCGCUCUGUCAAGUACCGCAGCUCUGAUGGCCUGGAACUACGCAUCAAAGUGCUCAGGGAGGUGUGCCCCAGCGACGCACCGUCCUCCUCGGACCAGGCGGCGGCCGGCCGGCCCCUCUCGGACUGGUCACGUGACGACCUGCUGCGCUGGCUGUCAGCCAAGUUCAGCGCGCUGCCCUGGUCUGACGGCGCCGCUGUCGUCAGACAGGUGUUCAGCGCGCGGACGGUGCGGGACGCCCUGCGGUUCGUCUCCGUCCUGUUCCUUCUGCUCGUCUCCUGCUUCAAGGACGCCCACGUGUGGCUGCUCAAGUUCGUCGACGCGGCCGGCGUGUUCGUGCAGCGCUCGACGCCGCUCGCCACGGCGCUGCUGCAGUUCUGCUUGAAGGUGGUCGGCGGCUUCUACAUCCUGCUGGCGCGCGUGUGGGCCGACCUGCGCCACGGCAGCCCCCCGGCGCCGCCGCCGCCGCCGCCGCCGCCGCCGGCCCUGCGGUACCCGAGCCCGCGGCCGCCGCCGCCGCCGCAGUACUGGCAGCUGCCGGUGGGUCCUGGUGGCGGAGCGACGGCGCCCUCCUGAGACGGCGCUGGAGGACGACCGUUUCGGGUAGGUGGAGCUUAGGUGGCGGGUGAAGGCAGCUUUUGCUUUCGUGAUGCCGAAAUGGUCUGAGAUUAACGGUAUGCAGAUGGCUUUUUCAGAAAAUGCCUUGGGGUUGCGUGCGUUCGAACUUUGGCAUCCCACAAUCUCUUUUAGGUGGGUCGGAUCCGUAGAGUAAUGGGCUGCACGCGUCAAGCCUUUUUCCAGAGGUCAGGUGUAGAUGGAAGCACGUGCUCCCAAAAUAAUCGGUGUUUGGUAUUACAAAAUGUCUUCUAUAUGAUGUGAAAUUUUCAGAAAACGUGCUUUGCUUUUGGAGGCGCUGUCACUCAUUGCUCAUGCACUGGCGUAUGUGCCAAAGAGUUUGGGAUUCCGUGGAUGCGAAUGCCAGCACCUGAACCAUGCCUGGUCACCAGUUUCGGACCCCGCCUACAGCACAGGAUCACGCCCCAGCCGUCACGGUUACUUCCGCGCCGUUGGUUCACUGUGUGGUCCCGUGCCUCGGCGCAGUCGGCGUCCGUCGAAGGAGGAUGAUUACCGAAGUUGUGGGAUGGCAGCCUCGUGACUUACACUGCCCCGCUUUUGGGCAUUUUCUCGGGGAGAUGAUGGUUCAGACCCUUGUCAUAGUCCGCAGGUACUGAACAGGCCUUCUUGUUGCAGAAGUUGGUGGUGGAAGGUGCCCUAUCAAUCGUGUUGUUCUUUGGGUGGACACGGGCACGCCAUUUGUUCCAGCCACAGCAUGUUUACUUGGGUUGGAAUGCGAGAAAUGUAAAGCCAAACAGGCAUCAGGCAGAGCAGUGCCCUGCCAUGUACAUCUAGACGUCUUUCAAAAGAUACCUUGUCCCACUGUCUCCGCGAAUGCCCGUGUCGGCAUGAUCGUCUGCGCAGGUGUAACACUAUCACGAUGCUGCGGCGAAUGUCCAUUCAUCUAGUAGAUGUGACAACUGCUGUGUUGGGCACUGAAUCCACCAGAAUCUAGAUACAGUGGACAGGUCGCGACGGCUUGCUGGUUUCUCCACAGACAACGGAUGUUGUCUUUGGAGAAGCCACAGCGUCACAGGGUACGUCGCCACUCGCACCUCCGUGCGUUUUUAAAGACCCGCUGGGAUGCAGGUCCUAGUGAGGGUUCUACACCUUCAUGUAGUGGCCGUCUUAACGGGAGGUCUGGCAUGUCCAUCUGGUGCUGGCGAAAGGCCAAGGCUGUGCGGAAUGAAGUCCAUGGUGCCCGAAUGAUAUCGGGAUUGGUAUGUGUGCGCGGUGUGAGUGGGCGAACAGCAAGCCCCAAAUCUCGCGGAAGACGAGUGGCUGAAGGGUGCAUUGGCCUGCCCUGGCUUCCGCUCUGUGUUGCUGACUGUACCCCGCACCUACCGACGCUGUGACCCAGCGCUGGUGGGUGGCGCUCUCGGAGUGGGUCUUACUUCUCCGUGACUGCGUGGUGUGGGUUGUGCGUGCGCGCGAGUGUAUCUGUACUGGUGAGAUCUGACAGGCUCAUGGGUCGUAUCUGCAUGUUCCUCAUCGAUGUGUGCGGGAGUGAACCGUCAUCAAAUGCAUGCGUGGAUGUGCGGAGGCGGGGGAGGAGGCUAUGGGGAGCUAUGGGCCGAUUUUCAUCUGAUGGGAAGACAGUUUUAUUCGUACCGCGAUGAUUCGCAGUGAAGUGCGUUUGCCAACGCUCUGUCUUCGGAUGCCGUUUGGUGGCGUCUGCAUUUCUUGGUUCCCUGCUUCUGUUUGUCGUUUGCGCUUCGCCAUCGUCGUAGUGUGACCACUACGGCGACAUGAAACCGUGGGUUGGUCAUAGUUUCUUUCAAUAAGAUAUGUUGAUGGGAUUUGGUGACUUCUUUCUGCGCUUGACCCUGUAUGUUCAUGGAAUGCUUAUCUUAUGUGCGCAAAGUUAUGUUGGCUUUUAUUGUGUGCCUUGGGUUGUUGAAGAAUGCUAGCAUUUUAUGUGGCGCGAAUUGGUGGCCUAUUUAUCCUUUAUGUACCUGUUUUUUUGUUUUUGUUUUGUUUGUUAAAACGAUUGCGCGUAUCGGUUAUUUUGUGCGUGGGCAUUAUAUCAAAAAGCGGAGGAUAAGGAAAUUGUGGUUUUAAGAUGAAUCAACUCUGGCAGGUUUUUUAAAAUUUUUGUCGUGCAUCGGCCAAUCGUGGUGCUACAGAACGCCGAACACUCGUAGAAAGCAUUCUGCCGGCCAAAGGCCAAGAGCUGUUAGUUAACUUAGCACUUAAGCCUUUUUGCUUUGGACGGUAGCUUUGGUUUUCGUUGCAGGAAUAUGUCAGGAAUCGAGUUUUCGAGGAGUUGGCUCGUUAAUCCGCAUUUUUCGUUGAAUAUCCAUUGCUUUAUAUUAUGUUUGAUGACAGCUACGAUGCAUAUCUUCCAUCAAGCUAUAAUGUAAAGGCACACUCUAUACGUGACGCAGAACGCCGUGACGUAGAACUAAGCCGUUACAUGUGGCGCAGAACAAUGUCCGACUUGCCCUAUACCCAAGUUUAUGACGUGAACAUUGGCUUCCCUGUGAUGUUGUCUAUCACUAUCCAUUGUCAUGUUGCUUUUUGCGCAAAGUGACUAGUCAUGCGGUGAUGUUCCCGGAAUGUUCUAUCGCCUUAAUGAGAAAUAUAUGUUGCAUCAUGA